AUGAAUAUUGCAAGGAUAGCCGAUGGUACCCAGAUUCCUAAGUAUUCCGUCAUAGAAAAGCCAGAUGGGCUCAAUGGCCUCAAACACAAUCCUAAACCCCCCAAAACAGUCUCAAAGAGUCAAAAGGCAUUAGUGGCCUGGUCGAAGUUCAAAAAAGGCAUACAUGUGAUCAGAGGACAACGGAUGUACAGAGAGGAUGGAAGGAAGUCCAACGGUCUUGGGCAGGAGCUGGUUCCUCUAAUUUCCGAUGACGAUUUCAUUGAAGUCACAGGAGUAGCCGAGGGUCAAAAGUAUUCCAUCAUGUGA